AUGUCUAUCCUUGCCUACUUACCACCGCUGCCGCCUUUCCUGUUCUCUGCGCUCGUCGUGAGUGGCCUCGCCUCCAAGGCCUUACACAUCGCCCUACACUUUCAGUCAUUACCAUUCCUGUACUUCGUCCUCUACUCGCCGACCCUAAUUCUCCCGGAUGUGCUGGUCAUUAUAGCUGUUCGCCUGUUGCUCUGCUUCCAGGCACCGGAGGGCCGAUGGCAAUGGCUUUCAACCGUGUUGGGUGGGGCCCUAUCCCUGAUCACUUGGGGUGCUUCCUCCAUCCAAUUCGGUUUCUUCCUGCAGACCGGCGGUGAGGUAUCUUGGGCAGCUGGCGGUAGCUUCCUCAGCGACCCAGCAGCGAUGAAGAUCCUCCUCAGCGGUAUAUCGACUGUGUCUGCUGCGACCACCGUUCUCGGCCUGGUGGCGUGGGCGAUUCAUUCAUAUUUGUACAACAUCACCGGCCUUGGGUUGCAGGCAAUCCGAGACAUGUGCACCGGAGGUUACAGAGCGCGUUAUACACUGCUCGCCGCUCCCAAAAAGUCAUUCAUGGCCUAUAUGGAUAUCCGGUCGCUCUGUCGCAUUAUUCCCGCCGUCUUGAUUUCGGUCUCGCUCAUUUUCCUGGAGCUCGCUCGACCCGAGAUCCCCUAUGAUCAUUUAUCUGGAGCCCUGCCACUGACACUGCUCGAGGCUUUUCAGAAAAAGUCAGCGACGGUGGAGGGGUGUCGCGAACCUGCAGUACCAUUCCCGUUGAUGGUCACAGACAGUGACGGGGUCUCUCGUCCUCAAUUCGAACCCGACUUGGCGUUUGUGGAACAAUGGUCACGCGCUUCAUGGCUCCCCGAAAACCCACCGCCAGGAUUCAGCCGCUGGGAACUCAGCCCCCACGAUCGCGCAAAGAAGGACAACAGUUACUCUUUUGUUUGCAGUGGUGAUGAAGGCGCAUUUUACAGCCCAACGAACGACCCGCUUAUGAUCUCGAACCUAGGCGGUGAAAUUUACAAGCCUCUGAAAAAGGCCUUCGAGGAGCACUCUGUGGAGGUCAACCAUGUGGUGCUCUUGACGCUCGAAAGUGGUCGCAAAGAGCUUUUCCCCAUGCAACAGGGCACUCCUUUGUUCGAAGGUCUCCUCGCCUCUCACAAGAAAGAGAAUGUGCAAAAGGCAAUCGAUCGUUUGGUCACCAUGACACCGGUCGCUCAGCAGCUGACCGGCGAAUUCGCAACCGAUAGCAACGGAACCAAGGUCGACUUGAGCCACUCGCCGUGGCAAUCCCCACCAGAGGAAGGAAUGGGUGGACUUAAUGUCCGAGGCGCCAUGACGGGUAGCUCCUUGACUUUCAAGAGUGUCUUGGGGAGCCAUUGUGGUGUCAAUCCUUUGCCAGUCGAUCUUCUGGAGGAGUCUGCCCUGGAAAUCUAUCAGCCAUGCCUGCCGCAGAUUUUUGAAUUGUUCAACCAGGGCAAAUCGCAGCCUGCGCAGCAUGCGCAGCAGCGUCGUCAAAACUCUUCUGCGACCCAGUCCGCCGCUCUCGAUUAUCCUUGGAAGUCGGUCUUCAUGCAGUCAAUCACCGACGACUAUGACCGUCAGAACAUCCUCAACGAAAAUAUGGGCUUCAAGCACAAGGUUGUCAAGAGUGACUUGGAAUCGCCCCACUCGAAACACAAGGCUCAGGGCAAAGAGAUCAACUACUUCGGAUUUGCGGAGACUGAGCUCCAUCCCUAUGUCAUGGAUCUCUUUGAAGAGGCUGCAAACAACAAGACUCGUAUGUUCCUUUCACACGUCACCAGCACAACGCACCAUCCCUGGGGCACACCAGGCGACUUCCACAAAGAGCCCUACAUGAGCGACCAGGGAAACAUCAAUCACGACCUGAUGAACAACUACCUCAACGCCGCAAGGUUCGUCGAUAUCUGGCUCGGGGACAUCAUGAACAUGCUGGACCAAACAGGCAUUGCCAACGAGACUCUAGUCGUUGUUGUUGGCGACCAUGGCCAAGCCUUCGGCGAAGACAACAAGGAAAUGACUGGCACUUACCACAACGGCCAUAUCAGUAACUUCCGCGUGCCUCUAGUCUUCCACCACCCCAAGAUGCCUAGAGUGGACAUCACUGCCAACGCAACAGCCCUUGCAAUUGUACCCACCAUCUUGGAUCUCCUUGUGCAGUCCAACUCCCUGAAUGAGCAUGACUCUAAGAUUGCCUCUGCCCUCCUCCCAGAGUAUCAAGGCCAAUCUCUGAUUCGGCCGUUCCUUUCAUCCAUGGAAGAACCACCCCACCGCCGUGACUCUGAGGAUCAACCUCCACCUGAAGCCGAUAAGGCCGACGUUUCCAAGCCCGAAGCUCGAUCCCAACCAGAUGGUCCAGCCAAGCGUCUAGCCUGGAAUAUGGGUCUCAUCAACGCCGGUGGCUCGAUGAUCUCUGUCACAGCAGCCGAUGUCCCCUACCGCCUCAUUCUUCCUCUGAAGGAGGGCUUCGAGUUCAUCUUCACCCACUUGGGCGAAGAUCCCGGCGAAAGAAAUUUCACCAAGGCCUGGACUCAUGCUGAACUUAUUGACGAAGUUUUGCCCAAAUAUGGCAAAGAAGCCACUUCUUGGCUCGAAGAUGCGGAUCAAGUUGGCCACUGGUGGGUGUCUGAACAAAAGCGCAUUUGGGGCUACCGCGAAGCCUAG